AUGGCUUCUUCUAAAGAGGCGUCAGAUGAAGCCCCGUCGGUGAAUGAUACGUCCACGUCGACGGUCAUUCCAGACGGAGGCCUCCUGGCUUGGCUACAAGUCGCAGGUUCAUUUUGUCUUUAUUUCUGCACAUGGGCCAGCUUUGGAUCCUUUCAGACUAUUUACGAAAAUGACGAACUUUCAAGCCGCACACCAUUCCAGAUCUCGGUCAUUGGAUCACUCCAGACCUUUCUCAUGGUGUUUUCAGGCUUCGUAAUGGGCCCGAUCUACGAUGCAGGCUACUUUCGUCAUCUUCUUGCCGUGGGAUCCUUCUUUAUUGUCGUUGGUACAGUACUACAAAGUCUGUGCAAUCGAUACUGGCAGUACAUUCUCACGCAAGGCUUGAUGAUUGGCAUUGGAGCUGGUUGCCUGUCAAUUUUGAGCGUUGCUAUCACCUCGCUCUGGUUCACCACCAAGCUGCCUCUUGCCAAUGGAGUUGCUGCGUGUGGAAGCGGACUGGGCGGUGUCUUGUUGCCAAUCAUGGUCCGAGAGAUUCACGCGCGAACCACUCUGCCAUGGGCUGUUCGCGCAGUUGCUUUGCUAUUGCUCGUCAUGCUCAGCUUCGCAAAUCUCGUGCUUCGACCUAGAGGCGCUGCCAAAGAGCCACCUGGCUGUUUUUCGGUAUUCUUGGGCAUGUACACGCCGUUCGUCUACAUCCAGCCCUACGCCCUGGGCCUGGAUAUCGUAUCGCCGAAGCUGGCUUUGUAUCUGCUCGCAAUCCUCAACAGCAGUUCAAUCUUUGGGCGCAUCUUUCCCGCCCUUCUCGCUCAAAGAAUCGGCCCAAUGAACAUGAUCAUCGCUACUGCCGUAGCCCUGGGCAUCACUAGCUUGUGCCUCAUGUCAGCCACCUCUCUCCCUCGACUGCUUGUCACGGUCCUCGUCCACGGGUUCUUCACGGGGUCUUUCUUCGCUCUACAGCCGACCAUCUUUGUCAGGCUGGCAAGUGAUCCCAGGAUGAUUGGAACCAGGUUUGGCAUGGCGUUUUCUGUCAUGUCCUUUGCUCUAUUGUUUGGACCACCUGUGGCUGGGGCGUUGCGCAAGGCAAAGGGUUAUAACGGUGCUUGGAUAUGGGCGGGAUUGACUAUCUUGGUCGGGGGAGGCCUGAUCUUGACGAGCCGACUCUUCAAAGGAAGGGGGACCUUGAGGAUAUAG